UAAGGUGGUGUUCUGCCGGAUCGGCAAAUUUUCAAAAGGGAAUUCAAUGGAAAAUAGCAAAUGAUUCGGCCUCACAUUUUCAUCUUCGAUUAGGAAAUUGUGCUUCUUUUGCACUGCAUCCUUUUCUUCGGGUGCCGUGCUUAUAUUGAUUUGUACGAUCUGCAGACACCCACGUACACUUAUCCACUUCGCUUUGUGCUACGACGGCAUUGUUCAAGAACACUCGAGGCCGGAAUUUUUUGCGAGAAAAACUAGCACACAAGUCCCAAAGGCUUUUUGUUAUAAAAAUUCAUCAAGGCGCGGUAGUUUGUACAGAAUGUGAGCUGAAGGGCGACAUCACCGUUGGCAAAAACACGGUCAUCCAUCCAAAGGCCAUGGUCAUCGCCGAAGCUGGCCCGAUCAUAAUCGGCGAGAAUAAUUUGAUCGAAGAGCAAGCGCAAAUUAUCAACCGGCUGCCUCCCAACCAGGAAAAUACAGGGAAUGCGACUGUGAUGAUUAUUGGAAAUAACAAUGUGUUUGAGGUAGACUGUUGCACAGAGGCACUCAAAAUUGGUGACCAGAAUGUGCUCGAGUCUAAAUGUCUUGUUGGGCGAAAAGUAGAGCUUACAAAUGGCUGCAUUGUUGGGGCACAUUGCCGACUUGUAAGCGAGGAGUGUUUGCCUGAAAACACAGUAGUUUAUGGAGACAACUGUAGUCGUCGUCAACAAGCUGAUAGACCACCGCCGCAAACUCUGCAAAUUGAUUUUCUGACCAAAGUGCUGCCAAAUUAUCAUCAUUUGUACAAGCCAAACAUCAAGGAAUAAUGAAGUCGGCAGCUCCAACCACACCCAUGCAAUCACAAAACAUGAAAGUGUUCUGCUAGACGACUGUAAUCAAUCUUUGAAAAUGUAACACACUUGUUGCUGCCUACGUAAUGAACGUAGAAAUCUCACUUUAAUAAGUGUUAUUUUAAAUUAAUUUAUUCCAUGAACUGUAAUAUCUAUUUCAUUAUUUCCAAUUAUUUAUGUUCAUUUUUAAGUCGUCACUACUUAUCAUUAAAUAAAAGUAUGUUGUCCCGUACAA